CGCACCAGACGCUCUCUUGCUCCAAGAAGAAAAGUCAAGAAAUACAAGUUGAUGUCGACGUCGUCGGUUCGCCGGAUAAAGGAAUGCGGCGGCGGCGGAGGGAGGAUUGCGGCGCAGGAACCCUCCAAAAAUCUAGCGCCGGUAUCCGGAAAUGUCUCCGGCAGAGGGACUCUCAAGAAGUCCAACGGAAAUGGGAAUCCCAGGCCCACUUCCAGGGGUCGGUCUCCGGCGGCGGCAGCUGUGUCGCAGAAGCCAGCGACUGAGGCCAUGCGGCGGAUUGAAAGGCGUGGCGGCGGAUCGUCGGUUCCGAGAGGUAGGAGCUCAAGUCCUUCUGAAUUCAAUAAGGUUUUGUCGGAUUUGGCGAAUGGGAGGGCUUCUAGGGUUCCCGUGGGGAGGUCUGCGUCGACUGGUCGGAAGAGUGUUGCCGGGGUUAGUGUUUCUGAGAGAGUUCAGCAAAAGACGGGGACUUUGAAGGAAAUGAGUGUGAAAUCUAGUGAAGGAAGUCUAAAUGGUACUAGGGUUUUAACGGGCUACAAUAAUUCAGUGAAUACUGACGUGGGCUCAGGGAAAAUUCGUAAAAUUUCUAAGAAAUAUGAAUCUGAUUUGAAAGCAAGGCAAGAAGCUAGGCUUGGGAUUUCAGGUGGACUUAGAGGAGAUGCUAAUUUGAAUUCAGCUUCGUCGAUAACAAGCUUAGGUAGGGGUAAUUUUAAAGUCAAAGCUUCAAAUAGUUUUAGAGUUUGUGAGGAAUUGAAGGAGAGAUCUUGUGUGGAAUCAGAAUCAUAUAUAUUCAAGAGAAGUACCAAUUCUAUGGAUUUGGGCGGCAACAGAUUGGGCCGAAAAGCUAUGAGUGCUUCAAGAGGUCCGGAAAAAUUGAAGCAGAAGGAUUUCGUUGAAGAACAUGCAGGUGGUGGGACUAUUAACAAAUACCCAAGCAAGUUGCAUGAGAAGCUGGCAUUUUUGGAGGAGAAGGUUAAGAGGAUUGCAUCCGACAUUAAAAGGACAAAGGAGAUGCUAGAAAUGGAUGCCUCAGACGCAUCAAAAAUGAUAAUUUCAGAUAUUAACAAAACAAAUUCAGGGAUUGAGAAGGAAGCAGGGCAUGCCAUUAAUGGUGCUGAGGGGAUGAUGGUUGUAACUAAAGCUACUGAAAAUAGUGAUAUGCAGAGUAAAACUUCAGAUAGGAGUCCAAACAAGGACGUGGAGGAUACUGAAGAACUGGAGGCAAUGCUUUUUCCUCAUCAUAAGUUACUUAGAGAUCGGACAUCAUCACAAGUGUCAUUAGCAAGAUCUGAAAUGGAUCAGGCUGAUCUUGUACAGUCCAGCAGUGAAUUGAAGGGAGAGAAGUUAUCGAGCCUCACUAAUGAAGUCCCCAUUCUGUCAGAGUUAUUGCCGUCCAUGAACAAGGACCGAUCUAGGUUUACAACAAUGCAUGAAAAUGUUGCCUCGACAUCAUCUAGAGUUCAAGAAACAAAAAGCAAUGUGACUUCAGCAGCACAAGAUUCUUCAAACAUUGCUAAUGAAGGAGUGGAUGCUGAGGUGAUUCACACAGCAGAUGAAACACACGAGUUUGAUGUCCAGGAGAAAAGACAGGGAAUGAUAAAUGAAGGCAAUACUCGAAAUGCUUCUGUUUAUCAGUUAAAUGAAAUUGGCCGCAAGAUCUCAACAGCAGGAUGGUUUGUGUCUGAAGGAGAAGCUGUUCUUCUUGCUCAUGAUGAUGGUUCUUGCUCCUACUAUGACAUUGUCAACUGUGAGGAGAAAGCUGAGUACAAGCCCCCUGUUGAAGUAUCGCCUAAUAUUUGGAGAGAUUGCUGGAUAAUUCGUGCCCCUGGAGCAGAUGGAUGCUCAGAAAAGCAUGUAGUGGCUGCCUCUGCUGGCAAUACGUUGGAUUCAGGAUUUUGCUCCUGGGAUUUCUAUACUAGAGAUGUGCGAGCUUUCCACAUUGAGGAUGGGACCACUAAUCCAAGAACAUCACCUGAUCCACUAUGUGAUAAUACCACAUAUAGUGAAAAAACUCCAUCUAUUGAUGUAACAGAAAACCAAGAAUGGUGGUAUGAACCCUGUGGACCACUUAUCAUCUCAACGGCCAGUUGGCAGAGGGCUAUUGGAAUCCAUGAUAUCCGCGAUGGAGAGCAGAUCAUGAAAUGGGAGGUACAAAACCCUGUGCUGGCAAUGGAUUACUCCAGUCCUUUGCAAUGGAGAAACAGCGGAAAAGUGGUUGUGGCAGAGGAAGGGAAUAUUUCUGUAUGGGAUGUGAAUUCUAUCAAUUCUCGAGCGCUUGUCUCUGUUUCUUUAUCUGAUCAAAAAGUGUCUGCACUUCAUGUGAAUAACACUGAUGCAGAAGUGGGUGGUGGAAUAAGGCAAAGAGUAAGGUCAUCCGAAGCUGAAGGAAAUGAUGGAGUUUUCUGCACUGCUGAUUACGUCAAUGUAUUAGAUUUUCGCCACCCACGUGGUGUAGGUCUCAUGAUGCCCAUACUUGGUGUGAAUGUGCAGUCCGUUUACUCUCGUGGAGAAUCCAUUUUUCUUGGCUGCACCAAGAAAACAUCAGCAGGAAGAAACCAGCUCUCCUCCCAAGUGCAACAGUAUUCGUUGCGCAAAUGGGGGUUUUUCACCUCUUACUCUCUGCCCGAAUCCAAUGCUGGUGAUGCCCAUCACGCACCCUUAACUCAAGUUUGGGGAAAUCCAAACUUUGUCAUGGGAGUUUGUGGACGGGGACUAUUUGCUUUUGAUGCCUUGAAGGAUCACGAAUGGCUGCCUUUCUCCUCUGACCAUGCUAACUUACACAAGCUUAGGAAAAUUAUCGGACCCGAUGACUUGUAUUCGCCUUCUUUCGAUUACUUGGCUUCCCGGGUUCUUCUCAUAUCAAGGGACCGUCCAGCUUCGUGGAGAUACCUGUCAUAAGUUUGUUCUAUGCUGUACUUACUACAUGCCCGCAAAAGGGAAAUACCAGCACUGGCUAUAACUGCUGCUGCUGUUCACUUCUGUACUAUAUAGCCUUCUGUUCUAAACACAUAAAUAGAAUUUUCUUCUGUUCAUUCUACUUGAUCUGUAUCAUAUGUGAAAAAUAAGGGGAAUUGCAGAAUCUUUAU